AUGAAGAUGGGAAAAUGUGAGUUCUGCCAUUACCUUCAAUUUGUAUCCAUUUUCAUUUGUCUUUUUGGAACAAGUCAAGCUGAGGUAUCAGUAUCUACAUCAAAGCCCUAUAUUCAGACUGGAAAAUCAAGAACAAAGCGCAGUUGGGUGUGGAAUCAGUUCUUUGUACUGGAGGAGUAUACGGGUACAGACCCUCUUUAUGUGGGCAAGCUUCAUUCUGAUGUGGAUAAAGGAGAAAGUUCCAUCAAAUAUGUUCUUACAGGAGAAGGGGCAAGUUCCAUUUUCACUAUUGAUGAGAAUACUGGGGAUAUUCAUGCUACAAAGAGGUUGGACCGUGAGGAACAAGCUUACUAUACUCUGCGGGCACAAGCCCUAAACAGACUAACAAAUAAUCCAGUGGAGCCUGAAUCGGAGUUUGUCAUAAAAGUACAAGAUAUAAAUGACAAUGAGCCUAAAUUUUUAGAUGGACCUUAUAUUGCUGGUAUUCCUGAAAUGUCACCUGUUGGAUCUUCAGUGUUGCAAGUCACAGCAACAGAUGCGGAUGAUCCAACAUAUGGAAAUAGUGCUCGGGUUACCUAUAGCAUUCUACAGGGCCAGCCAUAUUUUUCCGUUGAGCCAAAGACUGGUAUCAUUCGAACAGCCUUACCUAACAUGGACAGAGAAGCAAAAGACCAGUAUCUGCUUGUAAUACAAGCAAAAGAUAUGGUGGGCCAAAUGGGAGGAUUAUCAGGGACAACAUCUGUAACAGUAACACUUACGGACGUCAAUGACAACCCACCUCGAUUCCCUCGCAGGUCUGAUCAGUAUUAUGUUCCAGAAUCCUUGCCAGUUGGCGCUACAGUGGCUAAAAUAAAAGCAGCUGAUCCUGAUGUGGGACCAAAUGCAGAAAUGGAAUAUAAGAUUGUGGAUGGUGACGGCAAUGGUGUUUUCAAAAUUUCUGUUGAUAAAGAUACACAGGAAGGCGUUGUCACAAUACAAAAAGAAUUGGAUUAUGAAACAAAGACAAGCUACACUCUAAGAAUCGAAGCUGCAAAUAAACAUGUGGACACACGGUUUCUCAGUGUUGGCCCAUUUAUGGACACAACAACAAUAAAAAUUAAUGUUGAAGAUGUGGAUGAACCUCCAGUAUUUUCUUCCCGUUUAUAUACAAUGGUUGAGUCUGAAGCUGCAAAACUGGGAACUAGUAUUGGGACAGUAACAGCACAUGACCCAGAUGUGACAAAUAGCCCUAUAAGGUACUCAAUUGAUCGCAACACUGAUUUGGAGAGAUUUUUCAACAUUGAUGCAACCAGUGGACUUAUAACAAUUGCAAAAUCUCUGGACAGAGAAACCAGUGCCGUUCAUAAUAUCACUGUUUUAGCAAUUGAGAGUCAAAAUCCGUCUCAGAUUGGCAAAGGAUUCGUUGCCAUACACAUACUUGACAUUAAUGAUAAUGCUCCAGAAUUUGCAAUGGAAUAUGAGACAAAUGUCUGUGAAAAUGCUCCCCCUGGUCAAGCUAUACAAGAAAUAAGCGCAGUUGAUAAAGAUGAACCAUCCAGCGGUCACUGGUUUUAUUUUAGUUUACCCCCUGAAGCCGCAAAUCUAAAUUUUACAUUGCAAGAUAAUAAAGAUAAUACAGCAUCAAUCCUUACAAAAAGAAGUGGAUUCCGAAGACAGGACCAGUCAGUAUUUUAUUUACCAAUUGUUAUAGUGGACAGUGGAUCUCCAUCACUUAGCAGCACCAAUACACUGACAAUCAGAGUCUGUGACUGUGAUGCUGAUGGUGUAGCACAAACCUGUAAUGCAGAGGCAUAUAUUUUACCUGCUGGGCUGAGCACUGGAGCUCUAAUUGCAAUAUUAGCUUGCGUCUUGACAUUACUAGUUCUUGUCCUUCUUAUUGUUACAAUGAGAAGAAGAAAAAAGGAGCCCCUUAUUUUUGAUGAAGAACGAGAUAUCAGAGAAAAUAUUGUCAGAUAUGAUGAUGAGGGUGGGGGUGAAGAAGAUACUGAAGCAUUUGAUAUGGCUGCUUUAAGGAACCUCAAUAUUAUUCGAGACAGCAAAACCAGAAGAGAUGUAACACCAGAAAUUCAGUUCUUGAGUCGACCAUCCAUGAGAAGUGCUCCAGACAAUUUUAUCUUUAGGGAAUUUAUAUGGGAGAGAUUAAAAGAAGCUGAUGUGGAUCCAUGUGCCCCUCCUUAUGACUCCUUACAGACAUAUGCUUUUGAAGGAAAUGGCUCUAUUGCAGAGUCACUUAGUUCCCUAGAGUCAAACAGCUCAAAUUCUGAACAGAAUUAUGAUUACCUCAGUGACUGGGGGCCUCGUUUCAAAAGACUUGCAGAUAUGUAUGGGACUGGUGAAAACUAUUUGUAUUCAUAG